UGAUUAGUUCUUUCUUUUGCUCACGAUAACACGUUGCCAUUUCGAUUUCAUGAUUUGUAACACUAAAUAAUUUUCAUUGCAUUUAAUGCAAAUAAAGUUAUUCAAGGACUAGUCUUAAAUUCAAUAAAAUGGAGUCUAAUGGUCCAUUCAACUUUGCUGUCGAAGUAAAAGAAUCUAAUGAUGGGUACCAUAACGAAAAUGCCUAUAAUGAUACGAGAGAUCAAGCGUUCGAUACUGAAAAUUCGAAAUAUGCGCAAGUAAAUUCCAUUCACACACUUGAAGAAUACAGUGGAAUGAAUAAUAUUCAACUUAACGAAGAAGCCAAAGUAGAGUUUGAGUGCAGUUUAUUAGUACCUGGUAAAGUGAACGAAGAAACUCAUAAAUUUCAACAACCUAACCAAGAAAUGAAAAUAGAAUUGGCGUACCCGGAUGUGAAAACCGAUGUGAAUUUAUCAGUGUCCGAUGAAGCAAACGAUUGGUCUCAUCGGUCUGAUCAAUAUGAAGAUGUUAAAAUUAGCGAUGAUUUUGCAUCACAUUCCUCGAUUCAAAUUGAAACUGAGGAAAUAGUCAAGAAAAGGUUUCUUAGUGAUACUCAGAAAACUAUAGAUUCAAAUACUGGAGGCCAACUCAACGGACAGAAAAUGAAAAUGUGUCCUCUAGUAAAGAAAAGAAAACAAUCUAUGCAAUGCAAGUUGUGUUUGAAAAAAUUUUCUUCAAAACAAAGUCUGGAAAGACAUAUUGAUAUAGUGCAUAAGUGUAUCUCUUACCCUUGUAAUGAUUGUGGAAAGGCAUUUAAAAGCAAAGAUUAUCUCAAGGUACAUAUUGAUUCAGUGCAUAAAUGUAUCUCUUACCCUUGUGAUGAUUGUGGAAAGGCAUUUAAAAGCAAAGAUUAUCUCAAGGUACAUAUUAAUUCAGUGCAUAAUCGUAUCUCUAAUCCAUGUCACACUUGUGGAAAGUUAUUUAAAACCAAAGCUUCUCUUAAGAAACAUAUUGAUCUAAUGCAUAACUGUAUCUCUUACAAUUGUGAUAUUUGUGGAAAGACAUUUAAAAGCAAAACUUCUCUUAAGAAACAUAUUGUUGUAAUGCAUAACUGUAUCUCUUACAAUUGUGAUAUUUGUGGAAAGACAUUAAAAAGCAAAACUUCUCUUAAGGUACAUAUUGAUAUGGUGCAUAAUUGUACCUCUUACCCUUGUGAUGAUUGUGGAAAGGCAUUUAAAAGCAAAUAUUAUCUCAAGGUACAUAUUGAUUCAGUGCAUAAUAGUAUCUAUUAUCCAUGUCACACUUGUGGAAAGUUAUUUAAAACCAAACCUUCUCUUAAGAAACAUAUUGAUGUAAUGCAUAACGGUAUCUCUUACGAUUGUGAUGAUUGUGAAAAGUCAUAUGAACACAGAAGUUCUCUAAUGGCCCACAUUAAUUCAGUGCAUAAUCGUGUCAACUACCACUGUCAAACUUGUGGAAAGACAUUUAAACGAAAGGAUAAUCUCAAAGCCCAUGUUGAUUCAGAACACAGAGGUCGAAAAUAUUAUUGCGAUAUAUGCUUGAAGUCAUAUAAACAUAAAAUGUCUUUAAUAACCCAUACUGUUUCAAUGCAUAAUUGUAUUACAUACCUAUGUUAUACGUGUGGAAAGAGAUUUACACAAAAGGGUGCUCUCACAGCCCACGUUGAUUCAGAACACAGUGGUCGAAAAUAUUAUUGCGAUAUAUGCUUGAAGUCAUAUAAAAAAAAAAAGUCUAUAAUGACCCACAUUGUUUCGAUGCAUAAUUGUAUUACAUACCCAUGUCACACGUGUGGAAAGAGAUUUAAACAUGAAAGUAAUCUGAAACGUCAUAUCGAUUUUGAGCAUAUUACUAUUUUCCCGUGUGACAUUGUAGAAAAACGUUCACGUAAAAGGCAAUUGUGAAAACAAACAUUGAUUAAGCCCAUGAGACUUUUAAACUAAAAAUUAAUCUGAAAAUACAUUUGGAUUCAAUGAAUAAUGAUCGAAACCCUCACAACUGUGAUAUGUGCAAAAAGUCUUUCGAAAUGAAAUAAAAAUUCACAUCGAUUCGACGCUCAGAAGAAUAAACAU